AUGGCGGCAUCCGUCCUCCCACUGCUGGCACUAGUGCUUGUCCUGCUCUGCCGCCUCGAUCACCUCGCCGUCGCCACGGCCUCCAGCCCCGACCCCGACUCCGACUCCCACUGGAGCCAGCAGCAGGCCGCCGCCCUGGUCGCCAUCAAGGGCUCCUUCACCUCCUCGCCGCCGGCGCUGCACGCCUCCUGGACGAUCGCUAACCACGCCGGCCUGUGCCGCUCCUGGCCGGCCGUCGCCUGCGACGGCCGCCGCGGCGGCACCGUCGUCUCGCUCGACCUCUCCGCGCACAACCUCUCCGGCGCGCUCUCCCCGGCCGUCGCCAACCUCACCGGCCUCCGCUUCCUCUCCCUCUCCAACAACGCGCUCGCCGGCGACCUACCCCCCGCCCUCGCCGCGCUCAGCGACCUCCGCCACCUCAACCUCUCCAACAACCAGUUCAACGGCACCCUGCAGCGCCUCGACCUCUCCGCCUUGCCCGCGCUCCAGGUGCUCGACCUCUACGACAACGACCUCGCCGGCCCGCUCCCGGACGCCGGUAAGCUGCCGCUCAAAACGCUCGUCCACCUCGACCUCGGCGGCAACUUCUUCUCCGGCGCCAUCCCGCGCAGCUUCGGCUCGCUGGAGGCCGUCCAGUUCCUCUCUGUAGCCGGCAACAGCCUCACCGGCUCCAUCCCUCCCGAGCUCGGCAACCUCACCGCGCUCCGCCAGCUCUUCCUCGGCUACUUCAACCAGUUCGACGGCGGCAUACCCGCCGAGCUUGGCCGGCUCGCCAGCCUCGUCCACCUCGACCUCGCCAGCUGCGGCCUGCAGGGCGGCAUUCCACCGGCGCUCGGCGCGCUCACCAGGCUCUACACGCUCUACCUCCAGACCAACCAGCUCAACGGCACCAUCCCGCCGGAGCUCGGCAACCUCACCGCGCUCCGCUUCCUCGACGUCUCCAACAACGCGCUCACGGGUGAGGUCCCGCCGCAGCUCGCCGCGCUGCGGGAGCUCAGGCUCGUCAACAUGUUCAUCAACCGCUUCCGUGGCGGCGUCCCGGAGUUUCUCGGCGACCUUGAGCACCUCCAGGUGCUCAAGCUGUGGCAGAACAACUUCACGGGCUCCAUCCCGGCGACGCUCGGCCGCGCGGCGCCGCUGCAGGAGGUGGACCUGUCGACGAACCGGCUCACAGGGGAGGUGCCGCGGUGCAACCUGCUGGUGUACGAGUACAUGGCGAAGGGGAGCCUCGGGGACGUGCUGCAUGGGGAAGGUGGCGACGGGAACGUGAUGGCGUGGGCGACGCGGCUGCGGGUGGCGACGGAGGCGGCGAUGGGGCUGUGCUACCUGCACCACGACUGCUCGCCGACGAUCCUGCACCGGGACGUCAAGUCCAACAACAUCCUGCUGGAUGAAGGGAUGGAGGCCCACGUGGCGGACUUCGGGCUGGCCAAGUACCUCCGGCAUGGGCAUGGCGCCGCGUCCGAGUGCAUGUCCGCCAUCGCCGGAUCCUACGGCUACAUCGCGCCAGAGUACGCCUACACGCUCAAGGUGGACGAGAAGAGCGACGUGUACAGCUUCGGCGUGGUGCUGCUGGAGCUCAUCACGGGGCACCGGCCGGUGGGCCCGCACCUGGGCGACGACGGCAGCCUGGACCUGGUGCAGUGGGUGCGCGCCCGGGUCGACCAAGGGGCCGGCGUGGAGGCGGUGCUGGACCCGCGGCUGGGCGGCGACGUGCCGGCGUGGGAGGCGGCGCAGGCGCUGUUCGUGGGGAUGCUGUGCGUGCAGGAGCAGAGCGUGGAGCGGCCCACCAUGCGCGAGGUCGUCCACAUGCUCCAGCAGGCCAAGCUGCCACCAACUCCGUCUCUUGUGCGAGGCCGCGCCAUGCCUAUGCCUGCAGCUGCUUCCCGUGUCCACGACGAGGACGCUGCCGCGGGAGGAGGAUCGGACAGUGAAUGCGAAGGCCGAUGA